GGUAGUUCCGUAAUUUCAGCAACCGCAAAAGAAAACCAUUUCUACAGAAAAGCGGCCCGGUAGAUCUGCUGCAAGAUGGCAGGCUCGUCGUCCCGCAUCCCUCUGUCGAUGCUGCUACGGGACAAGGAGGCCGAAGAUGAGGAACCGAAAAAGAAAUCCCGCGAAGACUGGCGCAAGGCGAAGGAGCUUGAGGAGGCCCGGAAAGCGGGAACGGCCCCGGCCGCCGUCGACGAGGAGGGCCGUGACAUCAAUCCGCACAUUCCGCAGUACAUCUCGUCCGUGCCAUGGUACUACAACACGACCGGUCCUACCCUCAAACAUCAGCGACCGCAGGAAGAACGCAAGGAGCACUUUUCCGGGAUCGAUGAGUGGUACAAGCGUGGUGUCGACACCAGCAAGGUGGUGACCAAGUUCCGCAAGGGAGCGUGUGAAAACUGUGGCGCUAUGACACACAAGCGAGUCGAUUGUAUGGAGCGUCCGCGGAAGGUGGGAGCGAAAUUUUCCGCCAAACAGAUCGCCCACGAUGAGUUCAUCCAACCGAAAAUUGUCAGCGAUUACGACGGCAAGCGGGACCGGUGGGCUGGGUACGAUCCGGCCAAUCAUCGGGAGAUCGUUGAGGAGUAUCUCAAGAUCGAGCAGGCGAAGCGUGAGCUCCGGGCGCAGAAGCUAAAGGAAAACCCGGACCAGGCUGAAGAGGAGGGUGAAAGCGACGAAGACAAGUAUGUGGACGAGGUAGACAUGCCGGGUACGAAGGUGGACUCGAAGCAGCGAAUUACGGUGCGCAAUCUGCGCAUUCGCGAGGAUACGGCCAAGUAUCUGCGGAAUCUUGAUCCUAACUCGGCAUACUACGACCCGAAGACACGUUCCAUGCGUGACAACCCGAAUCCGAAUCUGAAACCGGAAGAUACGGACUUUGCGGGAGAGAACUUUGUUCGUUUUUCGGGUGACAUCCAGAAGCACGCUCAGGCCCAACUGUUUGCCUGGGAGGCGUACGGGAAGGGCGUCGAUGUGCACGUGCUGGCCGAACCGACGAAACUGGAGCUGCUGCAGAAGGAGUACGAUACGAAAAAGUCCCAAUUCAAAGACGAGGUAAAGAACAAGGUACUGGAGCAGUACGGUGGUGAGGAGCACCUGAAGGUUCCACCAAAGGCGCUAUUACUGGCACAAACCGAAAACUAUGUCGAGUAUUCGCGGCAAGGUAAAAUCAUCAAGGGGCAGGACAAGCCGAUCAUUCGUUCGCGCUUCGAGGAGGAUGUGUACAUCAACAAUCACACCACCGUGUGGGGUUCGUUCUGGAGCAACGGUAUCUGGGGUUAUCGGUGCUGUGAAUCUACGAUCAAAAAUUCGUACUGUGUCGGAGACAAUGGCAAGGGAUCCAUUAUGAAACCACGGGUCGAAUCGGAGCAACCAGACGAUGGCAAUGGCGAUGACGACAGCGAUGCCGACGAUAACAGCCAAGAAAAGAUGAAAAUACCCGAGCAACCCGGCGAUGGAAGUCAGCAGGAUGCUCAAGGCUCGGAAAAUGCUCCCCAUGCAGAUUUUGCAAAGCCCUCGGAAUCAUCGGUUGUACCGGACCACAAAGAAAGCAGUGCCGCUAGUCACAGCGGUUCUAGCAGUAGCAGUGAAAGCGAGGCGGAGGUUUCAUCGAAGAAAUCCAAGAAAUCGAAAAAGAAGCGAAAGAAGGAAAAGCGUCGCCAGCAACGGGAGGAACGCAAGCAGCAGAAGCGACUGGAGAAGGAGAAGAGCAAACUUGACCUUGCACUCGAGGCCGAAGAGCGAAACCAGCAGCGAGCAGCCGAGCUACUUCGCCAGGAUGAACGAAAGCGUCCGUACAACAGCAUGUACGAGGUGCGCGUACCGACGGAAGAGGAAAUCGAGGCGUAUAUGAUGAAGCGAAGGCGCGAGGAGGACCCCAUGGCUGCAUUUAUUGGCAAAUAAGGAGUCGCAUGCUGAAGCAGCAGUAUGGUUUAUGUAACAAAACUAUCUUUCUCUCAUGUAGAUGUGUUUAAAUAAAAUAGUUCUAUCCUACCCUCGA